CCGCCACUUGAAAUAGUUGUAUUUGUGGUAACAGUUGUGCAGUCGAAUCGCUCCCUGUCGUGCUACUGCUUUAAUGGCGAUGGAGCAUUUGGCACAGUUCGUGGUCGCUCUGUCUGUCGCCUCCGCCGCUGGCUUUGUCUCUAUAAUAUUCGUGCUAAGAUGGGUUCUCCACUAUAAAGAAGGUUUAGCCUGGGAUGGAGGACUGGCCGAGUUCAACUGGCAUCCGGUGUUGAUAGUCACCGGAUUUAUUUUCUUGCAAGGGAUAGCCAUCAUUGUCUACAGACUCCCCUGGACCUGGCAGUGCAGCAAACUAAUGAUGAAAUUCAUCCAUGCAGGCUUAAACUUACUAGCCUUCAUCUUAGCUGUUAUAUCUAUGGUGGCAGUUUUUGACUUCCACAAUGCUGCCAAAAUCCCCAACAUGUACAGUCUGCACAGCUGGCUGGGCCUGAUAGCUAUGAUACUGUACUGUCUCCAGCUUGUUCUUGGAGUUGGCAUGUACCUGAUACCAAUCACACCUGCAUCCUGGAGAGCAGCGUUUAUGCCCCUGCAUGUCUACAGCGGCCUUUUACUCUUUACCAGUGUUAUAGCUGUGGCGCUCAUGGGCAUCACAGAGAAACUCAUUUUUGGCCUGAGCAACCCCAAGUAUAAGGACUCUCCUCCAGAGGCCAUCUUUGUGAACGUUCUGGGAGUUCUCCUGGUGGUUUUUGGAGCUCUUAUUCUCUGGAUCGCUACUCGGACGUCUUGGAAACGGCCCAGUGACCAGAUAUUGCAUACUUUGCAUACCAGUGGGGGAGGUGAGGACAACUCCAAUGUUGGUCCUGCCCUGCCUCAGCUGUCUGAUAGAACUGAUGCAGUGGCCUGUGGAGAAGUCAGGAAAAGGAGUAACAAAGUAGAUGAUGAGGUGAACUGAUUGUGAAAUAACUGACUGGGAGCUGAUACUGUCUCCAGUGUUGAAUGUAUGCACACCCAGUCUAUGCUGUUAAGAGAAAGUAAAAAAGAAAUCUAUUGUUUUGCUGAUCUUUCCAUUAUAACUUUCUCUCUUGCACCUUUUAAGAAUGUAAUGUUGAUGGUACUUUGAGCUUGCUGUUUUUGUUUUUUUAAAUCUGGUAUUGUUGUCAGCACAUGUAAAUAAUGGUGAGCUACUUUAUAACAACAUUCAAAUAAUGUGGGAAUACACUUUCUUGACAUACACUGUACAAAUGAGCAUUUUAUAAUCUCUAAUUCCUCUGGGGUUUUCAACCUACAUUUUACAUUAAAUAUUUGAAAUCUGUAACUGAAUAGCCUAUUUAGAAAUAUAUUAAUACUGUAAUUUUUAGCUGCAGAAGAUGAACAAUAUUCACACAAUGGAACAGUAAAUAAAUAUGAGCACCGAUUUGUCGUUGCGACAUUAGGCUAACCAUUA